AUGGCGGCGACGGAGGGGGCCGACGAGCCGGCGGCGGGUGACCCGCGCCGCGUCCGCAACACGUGCAUCCUCGCGCACGUGGACCACGGCAAGACCACGCUGGCGGACCACCUGGUGGCGUCCUGCGGGGACGGGCUCCUCCACCCGAAGCUCGCCGGCCGCCUCCGCUUCAUGGACUACCUCGACGAGGAGCAGCGGCGGGCUAUCACCAUGAAGUCCGCCGCCGUCGCGCUCCGCUCCCGGGCCGGCCACCGCGUCAGCCUCAUCGACUCCCCGGGCCACAUCGACUUCUGCUCCGAGGUCUCCUCCGCCGCGCGCCUCUCGGACUCGGCGCUCAUCCUCGUCGACGCCGUCGAGGGGGUGCACAUCCAGACGCACGCCGCGCUGCGCCAGGCCUUCAUCGAGCGCCUCCGGCCCUGCCUCGUGCUCAACAAGAUCGACCGCCUCAUCACCGAGCUCAGCCUCACCCCCGCCGAGGCCUACGUCCGCCUCCACCGCAUCGUCUCCGACGUCAACUCCAUCUACUCCGCUCUGCGCUCCCACUCCUACUUCUCCCUCCUCUCCGCCCUGGAGGACAGCCCCUCCACAAGCUCUUCAUCCUUAGCUGAGGACCUACCGGAGGACUUUGAAGACGACGAUGACAACGAGGACGCCUUCCAGCCCCUCAAGGGCAAUGUCGUCUUCGCCUGUGCACUUGACGGCUGGGGCUUUCGCCCCCAACAGUUCGCCAACCUCUACGCCAGAAAGACCAGAGUCAACCCCUCCGCCUUCCUGAAAGGAUUGUGGGGCCCCAGAUAUCUCGAUAAGAAGACGGGGAAGGUUGUGGGGAAGAAAGCUAUCAAGAGCGCAGACCCACAGCCAAUGUUCGUGGAGUUUGUGUUGAGUGCCCUGUGGAAGAUGUACGAGCUGGUGCUGAAGGACGGUGGUGAGAGUCAGGUGGUGAAGAAAUUGAUUGAAAACUUCGACUUGAAAAUUCCAGAACGGGAGCUGAAGAACAGAGAUACAAAGGCUGUGCUGCAGUCUGUCAUGAGCCGGUGGCUGCCGCUGGCAGAUGCUGUGAUGGAUAUGGUGGUGGAGUGCACACCUGAUCCUGUUGCUGCUCAAGGGGUCAGGGUUGCAAGGCUUAUGCCAAAGAGGGAGGUUACUCCAGAAGAUGCUGCUGGUUGCUCUGAGGUUGUUGAGGAGGCAGAGAGGGUGCGGAGGUGUGUCGAGGCCUGUGAUGUGAGUGCUGAUGCGCCAGUGGUAGUUUAUGUGUCAAAGAUGUUUGCUGUGCCAUCUAAGAUGUUGCCAUUGAAGGGAGUGGAUGGUGAACUGUUGAACCACCAUAGUAGUAGUGAGUCAGAGGAGUGCUUUAUGGCAUUUGCAAGGGUCUUCAGUGGCGUCCUUCAUGCAGGGCAGAAGGUAUUUGUGCUGUCACCAUUGUAUGAUCUAGUGAAAGGGGAUACGGUUCAGAAGCAUGUGCAGGAGGUGGAACUUCAAUACUUGUAUGAGAUGCUAGGACAAGGCCUGAAGCCAGUUGCCAGUGUGGCUGCGGGGAAUGUGGUUGCAAUCCAGGGCCUUGGGCAGCAUAUAUUGAAGAGUGCCACAUUGUCGUCGACCAAGAAUUGCUGGCCCUUCUCGAGUAUGAUGUUCCAGGCAUCUCCGAUGCUUAAAGUUGCGAUUGAGCCCUCAAAUCCAGCUGAUCUAGGAGCUCUUGUUAAAGGGCUUAGGCUUCUUAACCGGGCAGACCCAUUUGUCGAGUAUACUGUUUCGCAGAGGGGUGAGCAUGUCCUUGCUGCUGCUGGUGAGAUACAUUUGGAGCGGUGCAUAAAGGAUUUGGAGGAGAGAUUUUCAAAGGUCAAAUUGGUGGUCUCAGACCCCCUAGUUUCCUUCAAAGAGACAGUCGAAGGGGAAGGUGCCAGUUUAGUGGAGAGCUUGAAGAAUCCACAGGAGUUUGUUGAGAGGACUACUCCAAAUGGGAGGUGUACUGUGCGAGUUCAGGUCUUGAGGCUUCCCAAUGCUCUGACUAAGGUCCUUGAGGAAAGCGAACAGUUGCUUGGUCAAAUAAUUGACGGGAAAACAGCAAAAAGGGAUGGUGUUUUGGAUCCUCGCCUUUCUCAGGAAGAUGGUGAUUCUGCUGCAACUCUCAGACAGCGGAUGAUUGAUGCCAUAGACAGUGAAUUAGACACAAUCUCUAAGCAAGUUGAUAAAGAAAAACUUGACAGGUAUAGAAAGACAUGGCUUGGACACCUUGAAAGAAUCUGGUCACUAGGUCCUUGGCAGGUUGGUCCGAAUGUCCUUUUGCCUGAUUCAAAAUUAAGUGGUGGUACAAUGACUGUCCAAGAUGGAAGGCAAGGUAUACUUGUGAGUGGCAGAGCUCAUGUCUCUGAGAAAUUGGGGUUUGUGAGGGAAUGUGAAGCCAAAGAUAACGAUCUUGACAAUGGUCAUGGAUAUGCAACAGAUGCUCCUGAAUCAUUGCAUAUAGAGUCUACGGCACUAAGGAACAGCAUUGUCUCAGGAUUCCAGAUUGCCACUAAUGCUGGGCCUUUAUGUGAUGAACCUAUGUGGGGUCUUGCGUUUAUUGUUGAGCCUUACAUAUUUGCUGACGGCUCUGAUGCUACCAACCACUCUGAUCAAUACAAUGUCUUCAGCGGUCAAGUAAUCACUGCGGUUAAAGAAGCAUGCAGAGCAGCUGUUCUUCAGAACAAGCCAAGGCUUGUUGAGGCUAUGUACUUCUGUGAGUUGAUCACGCCAACGGAGCAGUUAGGUGCAACUUAUGCAGUUCUUGGUAAGAGGCGAGCAAGGGUUCUGAAAGAAGAGAUGCAAGAAGGAACCUCAUUAUUUACAGUGCAUGCUUACCUGCCAGUCGCUGAGAGCAUUGGAUUUUCGAAUCAACUUAGGAGUUUAACUGCAGGUGCAGUUAGUGCUCUCCUCGUUCUUAGCCACUGGGAAGCUAUUCCUGAGGACCCCUUCUUUGUCCCAAAGACACAGGAUGAGCUUGAAGAAUUCGGAGAUGGUUCAAGCAUUGGGCCAAACUUGGCUAAAAAGCUUAUGAAUUCUGUUAGACGAAGGAAAGGACUGCAUGUUGAAGAGAAAGUUGUGGAGCAUGGCACAAAACAGCGGACUCUUGCUAAAAAAGUAUAG